AAGAAAGGGUAGCCAAGAGAGUAACGAGUCGAGUUUUAGCGAGAAGAAUCUAAUACAAAGCAUUAAAGUCGGUGUAACUAGAAGUGCCAGUUUGUUUCUUGUGUUUCGUUCAAAUAGCUUUUAGGUACAUUUGACUAUAUUUAUCAUAUGAGUAGCAAUAAUGAAAACUUUUAAUUUGCUGAUUUAUAUCAUAUUGUAAUAAUUUAAUUUUAAUAAGUAAAAUAUAAAAAAAACUGGAUUGUUGCAGGCACUGUGAAUGACUGAACCCGGUAUUUGUUUUGAGCCCACUAUGGGGAAAAAGAAACAGAAGGAAGCCAGCCCUCCCCUAGAAGAGGAGGAGGAGGAAUACAUUGUAGAAAAAAUUCUGGACAAGAGAAUGCGAGGUGGCAAAGUGGAGUAUUUUUUGAAAUGGAAGGGUUAUCCAGAGUCUGAGAAUACUUGGGAACCCGAAGGGAAUCUUGACUGUCAAGAACUUAUUGCAGAAUAUGAAGAGAAGAGGAAGAAAAGUGGAGAAGAUAAAAAAGAUUCUUCAGAUAAAAAGCGAAAAGUGAAUGGAACUGAAGGGUCUGAAACCUCACCUCAAAAGAAAAAGAAAAAACUCGAGGAGGAUAACAGACCAAGAGGAUUUGAUAGAGGUCUUGAUCCUGAAAGAAUAAUUGGAGCAACAGAUUCAAGUGGAGAACUCAUGUUCCUUAUAAAAUGGAAAGGCAGUGACGAAGCAGACCUUGUGCCUGCUCGACUAGCGAAUGUCAAAUGUCCACAAGUGGUUAUUCAGUUCUAUGAAGAAAGGUUGACAUGGCACACAAGCUCCAGUCACGAGGAAGAGGAGAAGGGGGAGAAGGAGUCAUAAUGAUGUUCAUAUUCCAUAUAAUUCUUCAUCAUUAAUAUAGGUGCACCGUAAAAAACAAAGUUUUUUUUGUAGUGUUUGCAUAUUGAAGCUUGUUCAUUACCUAGAAUUCUCUGCUUUUUAUUUACUUUUUCUUGAGCGUUAAUAUCCAAAAAGCCAUAUAUUUGAAGUUGUUGUUUUUACCUUCAUUCUUGUAUGUUUGUCAGCAUCGUGUUAACUUGUAAACACUAGAGAAAACUUCAUAAAACCCUAAAGUGUUCAAAGUUUUUAUCCAUUGAAUUGAAGCAAAAAAAUUUGAUGGUACAGAAUGUUUUUAAAAUAUAAAAAUUCAACCCUGUUUCUCACCUCCAAAAAAAAAUGCAGCUAACUUGUAUAUUUGUUUUAAUAUUUUGUUUGUUUAAUGUGUUAUCAUUCAGGCUACUGAAAAACUGUAUGUUAGAAAAUAGAUUUACUGUAUCUUUACCAGUACCACCUAGUGCUGUUCCUUUGGCCACAAAAAAACUACUGUGUUAAUCCACAUUUCAGUUAAUAAAUCACCAUCAGUGUAAUAUACCAUUUGAGAACA